AUGAUCCUCUGCAGGCCUCACCGGUCUCACAGGCAGGGGAGGUCUUCUUCCCAAGAAUCCUCCCCCCAGAGUGAUUACCAUACAAACCCGUCUACCUUACAAUACAACCUUGUGUUCAGCUUGCCAAUAAUCUUUCUGUCUAUUACUCCAGCGAAAAGUGGUGAUCCGACGUCUACAAAAAUAAGGGACUGUAAUUUGAUCAUGUCUACUCAUUCGAACGUUUCUACCACCAAGGAUUCUAAGGCGAAGCAAGCACCGGCCGCAGAACAGACCAGCUCAGCUCGAUCAAUAACAGCUCCCAAGAGAUCUAGCACGAAAAUCCCGAGGAACAAAGCAAAGAAACCUAUUAGCCCAGAAAUUGUGCCGUCCGAGUGGGACACGAGCUCAGAAGAAGCAACAAAGUCGGAUAAACCUAAACCAACUUCCUCAACCGCUCCAGGUUUAAAGAAGUCCUCUACCACUUCCGAUCCGUUUAAAAGCAAGAAACCACUCGAAAAACUCAUUGAUAGCGAACUCUUGAAGAACAUUAGCAUCAAGAAGUCCGUACCUCAAGAAGCAUCGACCACUGUUGCCGUUCCGAUCGUUCAUACAGCAGAACCGGUCAAGCUAGUCGAGAAACAACAUCCGAACGCAUCCCAUCAUCCAGUUGAUUCCAGUACUGCACAGACGGUGAUUCACCAAACUCCAGUCUCAUCGAUUCCUCCUUCUCUCCCAAAGAUUUCGAGUGACGCUGCAGUCCAGAAGAAACUCGAAAAUUAUUUCGUUCCCCAAGGGAGGACUACUCGAUCAAUCUCGUCUUCAUCUUCAGUUCUGCCAAGCGGUUCUUUCACAACCGAGCCUUACGAACCCGCUGAUAGCAGCGAUUUAGAUAUUAUUACAGGAGCCACCGCCCAACUCUGGUCGAAGCCCAAGACUUCAAAGGAGCCCCAAGAGGACGACAUUCUACAAAAGUAUCGCCCGUCGUUUCAUCCUCUUCUUCAAACAGUGAAGUUACAACGGGAAUACUACCAGAAGGCGAUAGAGACGAAGGACGAGGACUUGAAGAUAGUGGCUUUGAGAGCCGCUUCGUCAGCUCAGUCCGAUCUACUCAGGGCGAUGAAUCAAGAGGAAUUCCUGAACUUGUUCAACAGGUGGGACCCGAUAGCGGAGUACCAAGAUUAUCUGACCGGCCAAGCGGGCCGAAACUAUUGGAGGAAGGAAGGAGUAGCAGUGACCCCCUCGCCAUCGCCAGAGGUAGAGAUGAGACCUCCGGAAUCGGUUCAAAGGAACCAGACGACCGACUCAGCAAACCAACAUCAAGAGCCGAUGAACGUUCACUACCCGGUAGGGCACCCUCCUCCGUCAGCGAAUUCACGACAGUACGAACAUUACCGGAACUUUCCGAACAACCCAGAGACCACUCAGGGUUACCAGCAGCACCCCGUGGUAGCCCACCACCGUCCUUCCAGUGCAAACAACCGCAGUCGCAAUCGCAACCGGAACUCGAACAACAGUCGCAACCAAGAGUACAGGGCGGCAAAUUUCCGCCCGAGGAACUCAAACGGCCCUCGUCAUCGCACGAAUUCUCAGACAGCGAGAGAAAACCGUCGCAUCGCUCAUCAAAGAUCGAUCCAUCAAGAAAUGAUCCGCCUCAACCGUACCACUCAAGCGCAGUACCAAGCGUUAGAAGCGAUGCGAGAACAGAACGCAGGGUACGGGAAUCGUCGUCAACCCCAAGAGGGAGAGGAGAAUCAAAACUACUAA